GAAACAGAAGAAGAAGAACGAACCCGGAAAAUAUUGCAAGAUGGCGGAAUCGGAGAACAGCAACAGUGUUAGACAGCCAUUAAAUGUGGACGCAGAACCUCUUAAAUUAUCAGAGUUGUUAGAUCGUGGUUGGAAAAUAUUCGAGGAGGUCGACAGCACAAACGAGCCUCUCGGCUCAAACAGUAUUCAGGUGAAGGUUAAGCGCGGUGUUCAAAUGUUAGAGGAAGCCUCCCGGAUGGUCGCUCAGCUCGACUUGUUUAGUCGCAACGAAGAGCUCGAGGAGAUCGCCACGGCAGACCUGAAGUACCUGCUGCUGCCCGCUUUGUUAGGAGCUCUGACCAUGAAGCAGACCACCCGGGACAAACGGCUGGAAAUAGUCCAGACGGCCCGCGCUUACUUUAUGGAUUUUUUAAGGAGAUGUGAAGAGUAUAAGGUGUCACAGUUUAAACUGCCAGACUCCACGGGUGAAAAAGCACGGCCUGACGGAGGGUCAGAAGAUGGAAACGCUACAGCUAAUGCUCCCAAGCAACCCACUCACCCACCCAGGCCCCCCAUGAAACCCUUCAUCCUCACCAAGGAUGCUGUGCAGGCUAAGGUGUUCGGGGCCGGUUAUCCCAGUCUUCCUACCAUGACCGUUGAUGACUGGUAUGAGCAGCACAAGAAACGCGGAGUCCUGCCUGACCAGGGUGUACCCAGGAAGCCCGCCGCGGAGGAUCACGGGGAUCCAAGCGAGACGGACGAAGAAGAAAAAGAGAAGAAGGUCGAAAACGAUGACGAGGAAUCUCUGCUAAAAGCCAGAAACUGGGAUGACUGGAAAGACACUCACCGCAGAGGUUAUGGAAACCGCCAGAAUAUGGGCUAGCUCGCGUGUUCAACAGGCUGGUCUCUCACUUCAUUCUAUACUAAAUGAAGAAAAACACCAUCGCAUCAAUAAAUAUGUACAUUCAUUACUUUGUCUGCAGGUUAGUUGGUCUGGAUGAACACUACUGCUCAUUAACUCGUGUUACAACCGUUCUGUUGAUUGGAUCACAUCCUCCUGUGUACCGUCGUGGUUUCCAUUUACAAUAAAAAUACACAAUUUGUCUGGAACCUUGAAA